AUGAAGCUGUCCCUUCUUGCUGCCGUGGCCAUGGUGCCAUUUGUGUCUGCCCACUAUUUCUUUGAUGUCCUGGUUAUCGAUGGCCAGGAGACCAAAAGCAACGAGUUCGUUCGCUCCAACACCCGCCAGGCCAAGUACAACCCGACCAAGUGGAAGAACACUCGCGACGACAUGACUCCUGAUAUGACCGACUUCCGCUGCAACAAAGGCGCCUUCACCUUUGCUGGCAAGACAGGCACCGCCGAGGUCAAGGCCGGCUCCAAGCUUGCAAUGAAGCUCGCCGUCGGUGCUACCAUGCAGCACCCGGGCCCUGCCUUGGUGUACAUGUCCAAGGCUCCAAGCAGCGCAAAGACCUAUCAGGGUGACGGCGACUGGUUCAAAAUUCACGAGGAAGGCGUUUGCAACAAGAACGCCGACUUCACCAAGAAUGCCUGGUGCACCUGGGACAAGGACCGCAUUGAGUUUACCAUUCCUUCUGAUCUUCCCGAUGGAGAGUACCUCAUCCGCCCUGAGCACAUCGGUAUUCACGGAGCCCACGAUGGACAAGCCGAGUUCUACUACACCUGCGCCCAAGUCAAGGUUGUCGGCGGCGGCAACGGCAAACCCGGUCCUACUAUCAAGUUCCCCGGCGGAUACAAGAAAGACGACCCCUCCUUCAACUUCAGUAUCUGGGGUGGCUACAAGGAUUAUCCUAUGCCUGGUCCUGCUGUCUGGACUGGUGGCUCUGGCUCCACCUCGUACUCCAAGGUUGCCAACGUCACCGAUUCCGAUGAGUCUUCCCAAUCGGGUGCUUCUUCCUAUCAAGACACUGUGAGCACCUGUCCCAGUGAUGACUACAGUCGCCGCCACGCUCGUGACUUCAAGAACUAA